UUCUUCCUAGGAACUACAGAAUUCCUCCUCCUGGCUGUGAUGUCCUUUGAUCGCUAUGUGGCAAUCUGUAACCCCUUGCAUUAUGCCACCAUCAUGAGCAAAAGGGUCUGUGUGCAGCUGGUGCUGUCCUCCUGGGUGGGAGGUCUCCUUCUCAUCAUUGUCCCAAGCUGCAUCACAUUUCAGCAGCCUUUCUGUGGCCCCAAUGUCAUCAAUCACUUUUUCUGUGACAAUUUCCCUUUGCUGGAACUAGUAUGUGCAGACACAAGCCUGGUGGAACUGAUAGGCUUUAUGGGGGCUAAUGUCAGUUUGCUGGGCACCUUAUCUGUCACUGCCUCCUGUUAUGGCCACAUCCUGUACACCAUAUUACACAUCCCUUCAGCCAAAGAGAGGCAGAAAGCCUUUUCCACUUGUUCCUCCCACAUCAUUGUGGUAUCACUUUUUUAUGGCAGCUGUAUCUUUAUGUAUGUCAGGGCAGGUAAGGACAGUGAGGGAGAGAACCUGAACAAGGUUGUGGCCAUCCUCAACACUGUGGUGACCCCAAUGCUCAACCCUUUCAUCUACACCCUGAGGAACAAACAGGUGAAACUGGUGAUUAAGGAAAAGGUGGGCAAGUGGAUCUCCCAGGCCUGA